AUGACAAAAACUCAACAUCAUGAUAUUAGUGCCGCAGCAUCUGCUAAUGCCACUGGUGGCCUUCGUGGUGUUAUUGCCGGGGGUAUCACGGGUGCUAUUGAAAUUUGCAUAACAUUUCCAACUGAAUUCGUUAAAACUCAAUUACAAUUAGAUGAAGGCUCAAGCAGACGUGGAGAGUCACGAAAAUAUAAUGGUGUUAUCGAUUGUGUCAAAAAGACAGUAAAUGCACGAGGGUUCUUUGGUCUUUAUCGUGGUCUUAGUGUGCUCUUGUACGGAUCGAUACCGAAGAGUGCUGUUCGAUUUGGUGCCUUUGAAGAACUGAAAAAAUUCACAGCCGAUGAACACGGUCAACUGAAUACCAAAACUCGACUUCUAUGUGGUUUAGGUGCUGGCUUAGCUGAAGCUGUUUUCGUUGUUACGCCAAUGGAAACAGUUAAAGUGAAAUUUAUUCAUGAUCAGCAUGCAGUUAAACCAAAAUUUCAUGGUUUUUUUCAUGGUGUUCGUGAAAUUAUACGAUCAGAAGGUAUUCGCGGUACGUAUCAAGGUCUCACAGCAACAAUGCUUAAACAAGGCACUAAUCAAGCCAUUAGAUUUUUUGUCAUGGAAACAUUAAAAGAACACUAUAGAAAACAUAAGAAAUUAGGUCCGCAUGAUCCAGUGCCAGUUAUUAUUACUGGGUUAUUUGGUCUUACCGCUGGUGCAGCUAGUGUUUUCGGUAAUACACCACUCGAUGUUGUUAAGACGCGCAUGCAAAGUCUUGAAGCUUCGAAAUAUAAAAAUACAUUAGAUUGCGCAAUUCAAAUAAUGCGUCACGAAGGCCCAUUAGCAUUUUAUAAGGGUACAGUACCACGACUUGGACGCGUUUGUGCUGAUGUUGCAAUUACGUUUAUGAUUUAUGACAAAUUCAUUGAAACAUUUAAUCGUAUGUGGCCAAAGUAA